UCACCCUUGAAGAAUGUUCUUGGGUUUUUGAAAGCUGAGCUUUUCCCCUUUAACUUUUCUAUUUUUGUCCCCACUAAGAAUGUUCAUAGACUUUCCAGCAGGAUUAUGACAUCAGGAGAAGUUCUAGCAGUCAGCUUUGGGAUUCAUGGAUCGCUUGGUGUGGGGUCCUCAGUGAGCAUGAACCUGUGGAAACCUAUGGUCCUUGGCUGUCCAGAGACCCAAGACAGAUAAUUCAUCCCGGAAACCAACACCAUUGGACCCAACGCCAUGGAUGAAUCCGCGGUGUGCCGCCUGACCAAUGCCAACGAAAGCUUAAAAAAUGAGAUAUGGGACCUGAGAGAGACGGCCGCCAACCUCGAUACAGAAAAGCAGGAAAUCAUUACGGAGACGAAGUCAAUGAAAGAGCAGAAUAGAAGCCUGGAAGCCAAAAUCGAUUGUUUCCAAGCCAUGGCGGAAGACUUCCUAAAGGAAGAAGAGGAACUCCAAGGGAUGUUGAGGCAGCUGGAAGAGACGAUCGCACAACUGGAGUCCCAAAAUGGCACCUUGAAAGCAACCAACAAGAUGCUCAGGACCGAGAUACAAACGGUAUCUGGACACAUCAUUUCCUUCCAAGAUUACAAGGCUGUUCAAGAACAGGAUGUCGUCCGGAUGAAGCAGGUGUUGGAACACAUCGUCUCCUACUUCAAACAACUGGAGGGCAAAAUCGAAACAGCGGAACAGCGGUACGAGGAAGAAAGGACCCAUUCUACCGAACUCAGGCGCACUUUGGAGGAGUUGGAACAGAUCCGUGAAGUUCAAGAAAAUGAGAUCUUCUGUCUCACAGAGCAGCUGGAAGAGGCAACGUUGCUGAAGUCGGAAUCGGGCGAAAGUGUGGAAUUCCCUUCUUUGCUGCACGAAAUGGUGCAGGCCAAGUUGGUCCAAGAUUCCUUGGCCAUGCAAAAUAGCAUCCUCUUUCUCUUGUCCAAAGUACUAUGGCUGGUUAUGGUGGCCGUCCUCUGCCUGGGCGCCUUGAACUUUUCGGUCAAACUCUACAUCUUCAUCUUCAACAAGGAUUUGGAAUCAAGCAGCCAAGCUCUGCUGUUCUCAGGCCGCUUCAGUUUGCUGUCGGAAAUCCUCUACCCUCAUCGGGUGAAGAAACCCAGUGGGCUGCUGCCAUUUUGAGAGCGAUGCUGAUGCUGCUUGAAAGAAGGGAAAAAACAGUUCGGCGGAACUAGCCUUAAAUUCCAGUCUCAUUCAAAAAUAAAUGGAAGCCUGAACUUUAAAAAUAGA